UUUUUUUUAAUUAUUAUAUUAAUUUAAACAAAUAAAAAAAUUAAAACACAAAUUGCCCCCUUCUUGUUAAAAACUCACAAACCACAUUACCCCACCACCAAACUAACUCAACCCUUGGGUUAACUUAACCUAACCUAACCUAACCCAACCCAACCCAUCUCUCAACUUUCUUCUCCUCUAAAAUCUAUAAAUCCCCCUUCUUCUGCUCCCUUCACACCCUAUUAUUCUCCCCUUUCUCUUUCUUUUUCUCCAAGUUUUUAUCUCUCCAUUUUAAGAACCUUCUUCUUCUUUCUAGUUAAUGCACCUCACUUCUUAAUUAACAAACCAAGCAAAAAUGAGUUGCAAUGGUUGCCGAGUUCUUCGAAAAGGAUGCAGCGAAUCUUGCAUCUUAAGACCUUGUCUUCAAUGGAUAGACACCCCUGAAUCUCAAGGCCACGCUACUGUCUUCGUCGCUAAAUUCUUCGGCCGUGCCGGUCUCAUGUCUUUCAUCUCCAACGUCCCCGACUCUCAACGCCCUGCUUUAUUCCAGUCUCUAUUAUACGAAGCAUGCGGCCGAACCGUGAACCCCGUAAGUGGCGCCGUAGGGUUACUAUGGACAGGAAACUGGCACGUGUGUCAAGCCGCGGUUGAAACCGUCCUACGUGGCGGAACACUCCGACCAAUCUCAGAAUUCCUUGUCGGAGCUCCUCCGUCUCCGGUACCGACAAUUGUUGACGCUGAUGACAAUUCCGAGGUUGUCUGUCCUUCCAAGUCUAACAACAACAACAACACUUGGCGGAAGCAGAUUGGUGGAUUAAACAUGAUGCAACAAGAUGUGAACAACAACAUUCAGAAAUCACGUUCAUCUCCACCACCUCCUAGAUUCACCAACAUUAAAAGGCGGAAAGAAGAAGAUGAUUACCACGUGAAACACCUCGAUCUCAGCCUUACACCGCCGAGUUUUCUACACGCGCCGCCGCAACAACGGCCAGGAACGCCGUCGUUGAACUCCGAAGAAUCGGCUACUACUGUCAGUUUCGAGAGUGAUAAUUACUACCAACCUAAACUCUUGAACUUGUUCGUUAGUUAAUCAAGAUGACGCGUUUUGGAGUAAUUUCUUUUUUUGGAACUUAUUAACUUAGAUCUAUUUACAAUUUACAAUAAUCAGUGCAGUGGGAUAAGGUUAUUUUGGGAAAUUAGAUUUUCCGGGGAGAUUUUUGUAAAUGACCGGCGGCAAAGAUUUCUCACCCUAAAAUGCGGGGAAAGGAAGAUGAAUGCUGGGCGGCGUCUAUUUUCUUCCUUUUUUUUUUAAUUUUUUUUUUUUUUUUUGGGGUAAUUCGGGGUUUCUCAUUGGCUUGUCACUUUUUUUGAUCUGUGACUAUGACUACGUGUAAGUUUACGUAUGAGUAAAAAAUAAGAAUUGUAUUUUUGGCUCAA